CUUUUUUACUGUAUGUAACAUUGAGUGAAUAUCUUCCACACCUCCCAAAAACACUUAAAAUGAAUGCCUAUGUACGACUAGAGACAUUUUCCUCAACAUUUUCGUCAAAAUGAAUUAUCAUUAGCAGUGGUUCCGUUAAUAAUGUGUUACAUCACAGUUGCAUUUUUUUAUAUGCUAUUACUAGGCUAUUGUUGUGUGUAUUGUUUAUGAGUAUGCCUAAAUCUGCGGCAUAUUAAAGAAAAAAAUUAUUGAUAACCAUUUUCUGGGUAAAUUUGCUCACCAGCCACACUCACUAUCUUCUCCAUGCAUCCAACAAACACAAAUCCAACAUAUAAUCAAUAGGAAACAUAAAUAUGCAGGAAGUUCAUACCUCUGCUAUAGUUUCCAACCCAAAGUUUCAAAGUUUGGGGUUACAAGUCCCGAACUGACCUCCGGGAAGCAGCCAUGAUGGAAACAUUCAGUCGUGAUUGCUGUAUAGUCCCCUUUACUAUACUGUUACAGCUGUUUAUUGUGCAACAAAAACUUCAGUCAUAUCACUUCAUAAAAGCACUCCAAAGAAAAAACAUGAAAUUUCCCCCAUCCCCCUUUAUCGCCUCUCAUCCACCGCUCCAUCCCGCAGGAAGCCUGGUCUUCCUGAAAACAAGCAUAGGAGCACGGAAAGGCGCUAGGCCCAGGUGGCGGGGGCGGGGGAGGCAGAUGUGCGAGGAUGUUUUUGCCAUUCUUCUACCCCGCAGCCUGUCGCAAGUCUCAGCGUAGGCCCAUCCUGAGGAAACGGGGCUCACGUCACUCUGUGGCCGAGCCACUUUAGUCUAAUACUGUAGUUAUGUAAAGUACGACACUGCAGCACACUCAAAUAGUCACUGACAAACAUGUACAUACACAUAUGGUACACAUUUUAUCUUGUCUGUGAUAUAAUUAGAUGACAACAGAGGCUUUAAUUUCAACAAAUGAGUAAGUAACACUAAAACAGUUUAAUAAAAGUAAUGUUAGUAAAUUAUAUAUUAACAUAGAAAUUGUUGUAUAAUUUUCUACUAAAAUGAAUAUGCUGCAACUUCAAAUUGUGUAAUAAUAAAAUAUGAAUAGAAGAAUAUCUUUUAAAAUACAUGCAUGCAUUUUUUUUUUUUUUGCAACUCAUUUUCAACUUUCUUCCACAUCUGUAAUGUAGGCAUCUCCUUCUGACUUCCUAUGCUUCAAACUUCCAUAUGAAUAUAGAUUUAUAUAACAUGCAUGCCAUGGGUCAUUUGUGGCCCACAUUUUAUUUAUUGUUUUAAUUGGUCCUCAACACAUUCUAAAAAUACAACUAACCAAGAAAAGAAAAUAACACAAAUGGGAUUGGGGGGCAUAUUGUUAUGUUGAGAGAAUAAAGUCAUUAUAUUUACGAGAAAAAAAGUCAUUUUAAAAUAAUAAAAUCGUCUUUAAAUGCACAACUUUAUUUGAAGUAUAAAUAUUACACACACAAACAAACCCUGCAAAAUUGUGUUGGGAAAAUGUUAUAUUAUGAGGAGAUUGCAUAUAUGAUAUAAAUUAUAUAAUCAAGUUAUACAAUUCAGUGGGAAAGAAAAAAAAUCGAAUAUUGGUAAAAAAAAAACACAAAAAAAAACGAUAUGGAGAGAAGGAACUGUUAUGGUCAGUUGUAGUUGUGGUCAUUACCCCGCAUAUGCUAAAUGUAUUAUGUGUGGACAAGAAGACAUGUCCACAGAUCUUAGCAUGACCGUGACAGAGGCCAGGAUAACAACAGGAUGUUUACAACAUGUGGAAACUCUGCAUGGACAAUCAUAAGGACGACAAUCACAUCAGCUUCCAUGCAUAUGCCCCAUGAUGACCAUAUAGGAUAUGGACAUUUACUUAUUGUUAUUCAUUUACUUCGACCUUUUGUGUACUAUACCUGACUAUUAUUCAGGUCAGUUUGCCAUGACCCACUCUAGAAAACUGAAAGAAAAGACUUUUUGCACACACGCUGACGUCUGAAGUGGUCAGCUGCAGGUGACAGCCACCAGAAGGACACUGGUGGUUUGUGACACCCAGGGGUGAAGCCUAUUCACUGGGCUGCCUUGUUUCUUUCUGCACGCCGGCGGUCACACAUCACACUUGGCUGCCGCCUCCACCACAACCACCGCUAUGGCGAUUACCGACUUUCUAGCACUCUCCGACAUUACCUCCGCCAUCAACGCUUGUAAAGCAAAGGAUUCCUUCAACCCAAAGAUGUUUUUUAAAGUUGUGGGUCUAUCAAAGAAGACUCCAACUGAGAUAGAGAGGGUCUUUAACAUCUUGGACCAGGACAAAAGUGGCUACAUAGAACAAGAUGAGUUACAACUCUUCCUGCAGAACUUCUCCAAAGGAGCAAGGACCCUGACUGCCGCCGAAACCAGAGCCUUCCUGCUAGAGGGGGACUCCGACGGGGAUGGCAAGAUUGGAUGGGAAGAAUUUUCUGCGCUGGUCAAGUCUUCAUAAGAGCAUCUCUCUAUGAAUUCAGUUUAUUUUUUGUAUGGUUUUGAUCUCAGGUUGGAUUUCUUUAUGUAAUGUUAACUAGCUACAGUAAAAAAUAAGUAUUUUAUGUGUGUAGAGACAACCUUCCCGAGUAAAGUGUUGAAAUUGCUACAUGUCAUUGUCCAUACUGGUUAUAAAUAAAGAUACU